UGUGGUAGAGAAAGUAAAAUUUUGAAGAAAAUAUGUGCCGACAAAGGAAGAGUUCUUGCAAGAGAAUACGUCUUCGUGUUAUUCUUAGAUUUACACUUUUAAUCAGUGUGACUUUUGCCACCACUGGAGAUACCAAAAAGAUAUCUUCUCGCGUCGUUACAACAAAGUAUGGAUCUCUACGAGGUUUUGUAAAGACAUUUCCAAAUCGCCAGUGGCGUCCAGUAGAGAUAUUCCUGGGUGUGCCUUAUGCUAGACCUCCUAUAAAUACUUUAAGGUUCAUGCAUCCCGUAACACCUGCUCAGUGGCGUGGAGUGCAACAAGCAGACGAAUUCAAGGCUGUCUGUAUCCAAAAACUACCGGACAUCAAAAAUGAAACUGAAGCUUUAAAGAGAAUGCCAGUUGGGAGAAUAGAAUACCUCAAACGUUUACUUCCUCUAUUAAAAAAUCAGAGUGAAGACUGUUUAUACCUAAAUAUCUAUGCUCCAGCAACUGGUAAGUUAUUCUUUAUAGAUUUUAUUAAUUUAUUCGUCAUAAAUUUAGGGAAAUAAAGCAUUUAAUCAUUACAUACACUUUUACCGUCAACAUAAAAAUUAGGAAACAUAUAGGAAAUAAUUAGA